AAGUGACUCAAAAAUCAUAAACAACUACUUGGCAUUUAAUUCCCUUUCGAACCAUCUUCCCUAUUUCUUUCCUCAAUGGCUUAUUCUAUUCCUAAGCUCUACUCUACUUAUUCAUUUCCCAAUGAUUUUUCUCAGUUUCCAAAUCCAUUGACAGUUUCCCAAGAAAACUACACAGCUUGUGGUGCUAUCCCUGGUACAUCAUGGGAUCAUGAAGAUAUUAGCUUCCCAACGUUUUUAGACAAUGGUGGGGUCGAUGUUUUUCAACAAGAUUCUAAUCUAACAUCUCCAGUUUCAGUUCCAGUUCCAGCAGCAUUGUUUCCUGAACUAAUUGGGAUUUCAUCAGAUUUAGAUGUCCCAACAGCAUUGCCCCAUCAUUUCAAUAACGUUGCUGCUGGCUUUUGUGGCAUUGGAACCAUCCAAAAUCUUGGUGCCAGAUAUCAACUGCAAGAUGUCUGUGAGUUUGGAGACGAAUGCACUGGAUUUGUUCAUCAGGAUUUCAAGCCAAUUGAUCCAACUCUGGGACAAAAUUGGGGAAUUCAAGGCAAUCGAAUGCGACCGCCGGCCAUGGAAGACAGCAAUCUUAAGGUUGGUCGAUAUUCAGUGGAAGAAAGGAAAGACAGAAUUCUUAGAUACUUGAAGAAGAGAAACCAAAGGAACUUUAACAAGACUAUUAAGUAUGCUUGCAGGAAAACCCUAGCUGAUAGAAGAGUUAGAGUCCGGGGAAGAUUUGCAAGGAACACUGAAAUUUGUGAACAUCAAGACAUGGUAUUGAAGAGAGAAGAUGAUAAUUUACCCAAUGACAAAAACUUGUAUAAUUGCUGUGAAGCAGUCCAGAUGAAGCAUGAUGAAGAUGAUUGGCUGCAAGAGGCUAUGGCAAAUCUUAUGUAUUUACCUUAUAUUGCUGGUUGAUAAAUAUAGAUAUGUUAGAUGUACUUUGUAUGUGUACUGGGUUACUAAUGAAAAGUCUCAAGAAGGCGAUGCCGCCUCUUUUUUUUUUAAAAAAAAAACCACUCUAACCAAGCUCAUUGUUGUAGCAAUAGCAAUCUCUCUUUCAAACUGAUUGCUCUCAAAUAACCUUUAUUGUCAUACACAAAUACAAUGCAAAAGAACUUUGAGUUUAA